GGCUGAGAGGAGAAGGGGCAGCCAUCUUUAGCGGUUUUGCCUUACUUGCUUUCUUCUGAUCUCUGCUGCUUCCCUUCAGAGACGACAAUGGCGACUUCAAGGACUGUGAAGGACGUCUCGCCUCACGAGUUCGUGAAGGCUUACGCAGCUCAUCUCAAGCGAUCUGGAAAGAUUGAGCUUCCACCCUGGACUGAUAUUGUGAAAACUGCUCGAUUUAAGGAGCUUGCUCCUUAUGAUCCUGACUGGUACUAUGUCAGAGCUGCCUCCAUGGCGAGGAAGAUUUACUUGAGGGGAGGUCUUGGUGUUGGUGCCUUUAGAAGAAUCUAUGGUGGAAGUAAGAGAAAUGGUAGUCGUCCACCCCAUUUCUGCAAGAGCAGUGGUGCUAUUGCACGCCAUAUUCUUCAACAGCUGGAGAACAUGAACAUUAUUGCCAUAGCUGAUGGCAAGGGGGGAAGAAGAAUCACCUCAAGUGGACAAAGGGAUCUUGAUCAAGUUGCUGGGCGAAUUGUUGUUGCUCCCUGAUCAAGUCUGAUAUCUCAUUGCUACCGUGCUGCUACUUUUAUUUUCUCCUUUUUAUGAUAAAAUGUAACCUUUCUAUUUGGUCAGUUGGUAGGACAUGAAGAAAAUUUGGUUUUGACAUUGAGUUGGUCUAAAGAUAAAAUUGUUUGUUUCUAUCUUUGUUUCCGAAGAUUUUUAGUUUUUGGUGAUUUGUUGGAUGAUGCAAAAUAUUGAUUUGUUUAGAUAGGUAAACAUUAGAAACAACUGCACUUGAACGGUACAUCUCUUCAAAUAU